AAAAAAAUUUCAAAAAUUGAAAAAGUGUUAAAAUUAAGAGAAUUUUUCUGAAAUAUUUUUAUUUCAAGAAAUAUUCCCAUCUGCGAUUAUGUGAACAAUAAUCUAUCGUCUUUUUGUCUUAGUACUUAAAAAUCAAAAUUAUUAAUGGAAGGUGAAUAAACAAUGUCGCGUGUAUUCGUUUGCCUUUCUGUGCUUUUCGUUCUUACCAUCGCCAUUCAAUUCGGCGAUUGCGAAAAUAAUACCACCCAACCCGAAUGUGAUGGAAAUAUCAAAUCUGGUUCCGAUAAAACUCAUAUAUCAGUUAUCGAAGGCAGUCUGAAGGAGUUAAGUGCGUCGUUAAAGAAGUGGAACAAAAUCAUCGGGAGAUCCAAUAAUGAUUCGCAACCUAAAGACGACAAAGGAUCUGUUAGCAAAAUCUUAAAUAUGUUUAAGGAACAUGUUCACUUAAUAGCGCCAGGAACACGAUGGUGUGGUGACGGAGAUAUUGCGCGUGAUGAAGACGAUCUCGGUUUCUUCAAAGACACAGAUGCCUGUUGCAGAGCGCACGAUAAUUGCAAGAACGAUCUCUUAGCCGGCGAAACGGAGGUCAAUAUCAUCAACAAUGGUAUUUUCACAAGGUCUGCUUGUACUUGCGAUUUCGGUUUCUAUAAUUGUUUGAAAAACGCCUCUAAUCUAAUUGCUACCAAGAUCGGAACAAUGUACUUCAAUAUAUUGGGACAGCAGUGUUUCCAAUGUAUAUGUCCAACGGAAGAUUGCGGGCUUGAAGACGAUACUGAAUGUAAAGGUCAUUGCAAGAAGUACAAAUGGGUUGACAGUCCUAAAUUUAUAAAUAUUUUUCAAAACUAAAAAUUUUUAAUUUUAAUAUCUUAAGAACUAAUCUUAGGUGUAAGUCUUUUAAGAUCUUUUAAGAAUCUUCAACUCUCUCAUAAUUUUUGGCAUAACUUUCUUUAAUCUUUGAUAUUGUUUUACAAUUUUAUUUUUAGAAUGGAUAUUUAAAAUUUAAAAAAUACACAUAAUAAUUCUUAAACUAAGAUAAGAAAAUAACUAAAUAUAUUCUUUUGAGAGGCUAUUAGUGUAAUGUACUAAAACUUUAUGUUAUUAUAUAUAUUGUUUAUACAAUAUAAAUAAAAUAGAUCUUGACU